UGUUCAUCAGCACGCGACCGCCCAGCGACGGCAACAGUCACAGUUCGUACGCCGGCCGGGCAGGCAGCAAACUUCUCGUCGGAACGUGGUCCUUUUUUUUGCGCGGGCCGUUACCAAAUCCUCCGAGGAGUCGUGCUUUAGCGGGAUACAUUAACAUUCACAUGGCAAUCACAUCCGUCCACUUCCCAUAAAAGAGACACACCAUUUGGAGCGCGCACGUGACAAAACCACCCAAAAAAAAAUAAUAAUGACCAAAAUCACGACGCCCCUGGUGGUCCGCUACCGGGACGCCACCUACGACCUGGCCGAGUUUGCCCACAAACACCCGGGCGGUAUCAACACCCUGAAGGGGCUCCACAACCAGGACAUGCAGGAACGGUUCGAGCGGACGCCGGGCCAUUCCGAGGCGGCCCGAUACCUCAUGAAGGAGUACAGGAUCUGUGAUAAGAACAACAAUAACGACGGCGGUAGUAAUGGGACCGUAAAUGAUCAUCAGAAGGGCGUGGCAGGUCACGGGAAGAACGGGCUGGGGAAGAGCAACGGGAUGAGGACGGAGAAGCGUGGGACCAGUAACGGGGACAUUCCGCAGCCCACCGAUGAUAGCAUGGAGCACCUGGUCGACUGGAGCCGGCCAAUGCUGGUGCAAAUCCCAACCCUCGGCAAACACUACGUUGAGUGGGUCAACAAGCCGGUUGAUCGACAGUUGCGCCUCUUUGGCCCCUCAUGGCUCGAAAACCUAACCAAAACGCCCUGGUGGGCUGUGCCCGCAUUUUGGAUUCCCGCCAUCAUGUAUAUCGUGCACGUGGGCGUGCGCCAGCAUCUUGUGCCCGACCCGACCCUGCUGGACCACCUGACCCCCACGGUCUUCGGCUGUUUGGCCAUCGGAGUGGCCAUUUGGUCACUGCUGGAGUAUUCGCUGCAUCGGUGGGUGUUCCAUCUGGAUCCGAAGGAAAACCGGUUCCUGCACACGUUUCACUUUCUGAUGCAUGGGCUGCACCACAAGGUUCCGUUCGAUCCGUACCGGCUGGUGUUUCCACCGGUUCCGGCGGUUGGGUUGGCCAGCUUCUUUUACCAGCCGGUUAGGUUGCUGCUGCCCUAUCCGCAGAUCAUGGUGGCGGGUGGACUGAUAGGAUAUCUGGCGUACGAUAUGAUUCACUACUACAUCCAUUACGGAAGUCCAAACGGGGGCCAUCUGUAUCACAUGAAACGAUACCAUUAUCAGCAUCAUUUUGUGUAUCACGAAUUAGGUUUCGGCAUCAGCAGCACCGUCUGGGACAAGGUGUUCGGAACGCCGAUAUUCCUGCGCAAACUGAAGUAUUUGCUCAAAUGGUAACACCCGGUGCUUGGUAUUUAGCUAACAAACCAAAUGAAAUAAAGUGGAAAUAAAAGGCAGUUUUACUUAAAAAAUAAACGAUGGAUAUAU